AUGUCGGAGUUAAAGAAUGCCAAAGGUCUCAGCAAUGAGGAAAUUCAAGCAUAUAGAGAUGCUUUCUCCAUCUUCGAUAAAGACGGUGAUGGAACCAUUUCCACCGCCGAACUCGCAGAAGCAAUGAAGUCUUUGGGACAAAAUCCAUCAGAUGCAGAAAUUCAGGAUAUGAUCAAUGAGGUUGAUGUUGAUCAAUCUGGAACGGUCGAUUUUGAUGAAUUCCUUAAGAUGAUGACCGCCGAAACAAAGGGCGUUGACUUUGAACAAGAAAUGCGCAGCGCUUUCCAAGUAUUCGAUGUUGAUGGAAGUGGCACAAUUUCCCCGGAAGAAAUCUACAAGUUGAUGGCAUCUUUAGGAGAGAAUUUGUCAGAGGAAGAGAUUAAGAGUAUGGUGAAGGAGGUUGAUAAGAAUGGUGACGGAAGCAUAGAUUAUGAGGAGUUUGUUUCAUUCAUUCGCGACAACAAAUAA